AUGCACGUCAGCAUUCCAGAAAGUGGAUGUAUUCUCCGUAGUCCUCCAGGUAACGGGUCUGGUGGGGUCUCUCAAGUGUGGCUGGUCGAAAAUGCAAAAACGACAACAAAGUCAACUCGUUCAUCUUUAGUAUCUUUAUACGGUCAGCAGCAACAUGAUCAGCUGCAACACGGCUACAAAAUAAGUCCACUGACAGAAGCGCAGCUGGUCCAGAGGAAUGACGGCAAAAUCGUGGCGAUUGCGCAUGAUGGCACACAUAUCGAGAACUUGACAACUUCGGCAUCUGAUGUGGAGAUAAAUCCCUACGAAAGCUACGUCGACGAAGACGAAGACGUGGAGGAGGAGGAGGAUGCUGAAGGUGUCUCAAGAAAAAUGUACUCUACUAAUUCUUCUUCUGGUACUACCUUUUCCAAAUCGACGAGGUUUUCCGCUUCUAGGCGUCAGUCGAGUCAAAGAAGGUCUUUACCCUCCUCGUCCCAUGUUCUUGUGAGAGAACAAUCACAACGAUCGACGUCGACCAGCUCCUCCAAAAGGAGUACGAGUUCCAGCAGCGCUAGUAGAAGCUCUUCCAAAAGUUCUUCUUUCAGAAAAAGCGACGAGGACUUGCUAGUACAUGAUGAGGAGGAUGGUUCGUUGACUUUUGUUUCGCCUGUUGGAGAACAAGCGGCAGCUCAGCUGGGCGAUUGGGUCUUCACUACGGCAGAAGCCGAGCCACGCAUUGUUGUUUCACAGGUUGUUCGUCAAAGCACAACAAGGUCAAGCACCAUGUCUACUAGAGCGUCUUCCAAGAUUGAUAUUGCAGUUAGAGCCUCAAGUACUAGAAAAGUCUCUGCACAAGCAGCUGCCAGGGCGACGACUAGAACGUCGCAGCUCGUAAAUACCAACGCUCAGCUUCUUGCCUCCACGCACAGAUCAGCCAGUGUCAAAGAAGCCUCUCGACAGAGGAUCUCCAAACUUGUGAAAUCGUACUACGGAAAAGGCGCCAAAGCGGUGAAGAAAGAGAGAAAGCGUCUAGCAAAAGCGCAAAAAAUGGAUGAAGAGGAGGCAUUAAAGAAAAAGCAAGAGAUCGACCUGGCACACAAACGCUUGGAAGAGCUGGUCGCUGAAGAGCAAAAAAAGAAAAGCAAGGUGGAACUCCAGGAAGAAUUGAUAGAACAUUUGGUAGCAGAUUUUGAGGAGAGGUUAGGACCACCAGAUGCAUGUGACGAAGAUAUGAACGAAGAGGAGCCAGACGAUGAAGAUGAUGUUGAGAACAAGCCGACGAAUGUUCUUGAGGAGGAUGGUGCUUCUUUUGUUGCAGCACCGAAGCAGCACAUGGCGUUUGAUGGUUACAUUGCCCCAAAGAAAGGCGUUGCGUUUGAACCGUACACUGCACCGCAUCAGAAGAUGGCGUUUGAAGAUUAUGUCGCCCCGACGCAAAAGAUGGCGUUUGAGCCUCACGUUGCUCCGAAGAAAGGCGUGGUCUUUGAAGACACUUACGUUGAACCACAAUACACUGAAAGUGAACCGCAAGAGGAAGAGCAAAAUACAACUUCUGUUGCUCGUGCAUCUUCGACAAGAGCCAGCGCGAGCGCAACCAUAAAGCCUAUAAUGACGAGCAAGGAACGGCGCGCCAACAUUCGAGCUAGUCGAAAAAACAGGCUCAAGAAAAUGAUCACUGCUUACCGGCAGUCCAAGAUAGAACCGGUGGUAGAGAAAACCCUUCAACAGGUGCAACAGCAACAGCAACUCCAAAUCGCUACUCGGUCUCCGACAGUCGUGCCUUCUCCUUCGCGAAACUUCAAUUCAGUCUUGAGCGUUGACGACAGGCACGAUGCAAACCAUGAGCUAAUCAAUCAUCUGACAGUAGAUCUCCAUCUAGAUAUGCAAGAAGAACAGGCUACAAGGACGAAAGCUGGUCAAGAAGACGGGCUGUCGGUGCGAGACUAUUCUACGAUGCUAAUCAAGAUGUUUUGCGGUGUUGUAAGA